UUCCUUUCGGCUCUUGCGCACAGAGAAACACAAGGUCGUGAAGAAAGGUCUUGCUGUGGCUCCGCCAUUCCUUCCGCCUUUGGACUCUGCACCUUUCGCAGAGCUUCCAACAGCGCCAUGCUAGGACAGAGCAUCCGGAGGUUCACAACCUCUGUGGUCCGUAGGAGCCAUUAUGAGGAGGGCCCAGGGAAGAAUUUGCCAUUUUCGGUGGAGAACAAGUGGCGUUUACUAGUUAUGAUGACGUUGUACUUUGGAUCUGGAUUUGCUGUACCUUUCCUUAUAGUAAGACACCAACUGCUUAAGAAAUAAGAAUGUUUGGUUCGUCCAUUGAACAGAUAAGAAGAGUGUUUUAAGAGGUACAGCCUCUUUGAAAAAUGGAUCAAACUCUUGAACUUAUAACAUACUAGAUAUGUUUGUAAAUAAACUUAUGACAUGAA